AUGCCGUUGUUCAACACGCGCCAGCCAGCCUCACUCUGUGAGCGCUGCAAGGUGGUGGCUUUUGACGAUGCCGAAUUUGAAGGCUUCAAACGAGUCAAGACCAAAGACGGUGACUUCCUAGGCUACGACCUCCCUGAAAAACAGCAGGAAAGUGAUGAGGAGUUCGAGUUCCGACUCGACUUUGACUUGGAUGAUACUUUUCCGCACCUCCCUGAGCUCACCCAAGGCGCGGCAGAUGGCUGUGGCUUCUGCGGCUAUCUCAAGCACCUCUUGCUGUCCGAUGACGUUCAGUGCCGAUUAGGCGACAUGAUCGUAGACCGGGGGGAUCGAGAGCUCCCUGUCUCCAUUUUCCUCUACUAUCGCUGGGGCACAUGGCUAUUCUUUGACAGUGACGGGCUGGACUCAUUGGUGGUUGGCCUUUUUAUGAACGCGCGGGGUUUCCAAACCAUCGACAACAAUGUGGACCUUGAGAUGGAGGUCAUUCUGAGUGUGGGAUCUGACGAAACUGUCGAUUCUGCCGGCGAUGCAUGUGCAGACUGGCUGAGGCUAUGGCCGUCCACGCAGACUGACCACCUGACGGAACAGAAGCUGAAUUGGAUAUCGUCUCAUAUACUGGACUGUUCUGAGGGCCGGCAUUCACGUAAAUGCUUACCUGGAGAUCGGGAAAAUGCCUCAUCUCUUCCAACCCGUCUGGUGGAUAUUACUGGGCCGAUUCCUCGCCUGGUCUACGCAGACCAGAUCAUCGCCGAAGUUGCGCGUAAUGGACAAGAAAUUCCGAAAUAUGCAGCUUUGAGUUACUGCUGGGGGCUGGAGUCUCAUGCACGAGACCAGCUCAAAACCACAAGAGCAUCAGAAGAGAGGAUGCGAUUGGGGAUACCAAUUGAAUUCUUGACAGGAACCAUAAGGGACGCUGUGCAGGUUGCUCGAGCGUUUCAAAUUCCUUUCCUCUGGGUGGACAGUCUCUGCAUCAUCCAGGAUGACAUUGCCGAUUGGGAGCGAGAAGCAAGUCGAAUGGGUAUAGUAUACUCCAAUGCCUUUGUCACUUUCUGCUCCUUGGGCUCAUCCUGCCACACGAGCUUCCUGCAGCCUCCUUCUCCAACUAUUCUCAUCCCAUUCCAGUCAUCUCUCAAUGAAAAGGCCAAGGGCGCGUAUGUGCUGCGCUACUCGACUUGUGUCAUUGGCAAAGUCAACGCAAACCAUCUCCUCGCAGACGUUUCCAGUAGCCGCUGGCUUCAACGCGGUUGGGCCCAUCAAGAGUACGUCAUGUCAGCGCGCCUAGUUAUCUUCGGGCUUCACUUUGUCCACUUCCUCUGCCCGUCGAUAACAGCUGCAGAGAAUGAGGAGCCUGAGAGCAUACAGUGGCAGUUCCUUCUUCGCGGCGUUGCGACAGAUCCCGAAGAAUUAUACAAUGAAUGGGGUAAGAGUAUCGCCCCCAUUUAUUCAGAUAGGCAAUUCACAAAGCCCGAGGACGCCCUGCCGGCAAUAUCAGGCCUCGCAAGGUAUUUUUCCACCGUUUUGGCGGACGAAUAUGUCGCCGGACUCUGGAAAAGGGACAUGUUAAGAGGGCUCAUAUGGUCAUAUUGUCGGCACCCAGGAUCAGGCUUUCCCCAUAUGAACGAUCUUCUUAAGAGAUUAAGCCAGAGGAAUCCAUACAUUGCCCCUUCCUGGUCAUGGAUCGGGCGGCGGGUCGUUGAUAUGGAUCUAUACCGGAAUGUACAGGACACUCGAGGAGGCUUUCAAAGCCUUUGCGAUAUUGAAGUAACCGUGGACAUCCAGGGUCAGAAUCCAUUUGGCCGAAUCUCAUAUGCGCAACUGAGGGUCACUGCUCCGACAUAUACCUUUUCGGAUACGACAAUCUCACAAAAUGCUGCUGACAGAGGGCAUGUUGAAAUUAGUCUGCCGGAUGGGACAGUAGUGUCUUGCGCCAUCGAUUGGGCUUAUCCGAGGCUAGAGGGUAAGUUCAAGCUGAUCGUGAUUGGAUCAGUAGAUUGGGAGAAUACCAAAAAGAGUCGGGCACAGCGCAAAGCAGUCGGGUCAACGCUUGGCAGCUUGCCCGAGGGCGAGUUAUCGAAAAGAGAAAACAUCGAUGUCUAUGGCCUUCUUUUACACGUGGCGCCCCAAGAGGACCGAUUUUAUCGGGUGGGUGCAUUCAACUCGUACUAUCAACAGGGCGGAGGUUUUCAGCUUUUGGAUUCUUGCGAGACAGAGACAGUGUGCAUCAUAUAG